ACCGUUAUGUAAACACGCAGUCGAUAAGGAUUUCUUUCGACUUUCGGAUAUGUGCCGCGGUCUUCUAAUUUUUUGCUUGGCCAAUUGGGCCAUAAGUGGCGCUGAAAUUGAAAUAAAGGCUCAAGAGAAAUCGACUUUUCCGGACGGAUUCCUGUUUGGGGUCGCCACCAGCGCGUACCAAAUAGAGGGAAGCCAAAAUGCGAAAGGUGCCGGAGAGACCGUUUGGGAUCGGUACAGAGAAACGGAUCCACAACUCUUCCACAACUCCAGCCUCGGGGACCGAUCUUUUUGCGAUUCCGUAAAUAAAUGGAGAGACGAUGUGAACCUCCUAAGCGAUCUGGGAGUUAGUUUUUACAGAUUUUCCAUCGCGUGGUCCAGGAUCCUACCCGACGGUCUGGCGAAUAACGUAAACCAAGAGGGCGUGAAAUACUACAAUUCGCUAAUAGACGAACUGAUUGCAAAAGGUAUCAGACCUGUGGUAACCAUGUACCAUUACGACUUGCCGAUGGUACUGCAGAACCUCGGAGGAUGGACUAAUCCCUACAUGGUUUAUUACUUCGAGGACUACGCUAGGAUACUGUUCACCCAUUUCGGAGACAGAGUGAAGCACUGGAUAACGAUGAACGCUGCUUGCCCUGGAUACGGAGACGAGGACUUCCCACCGUUCAUGAAAGACCCUCCAGUGGCGAAAUACUUUUGCGUCCACGUAACUCUAUUGGCACACGCCAAGGCUUACCAUCUUUAUGACAAUGAGUUUCGGUUGAAGCAGAAAGGUACCGUCGGGAUAACGGUAGACGGACGUUGGUACGAACCCAGAGGUUUUCAGAAAGUCAACAGAGAGGCAGCCGAAAGGACUAGAGAUUUCCAGGUCGGCAUGUUUCUGCAUCCGAUUUUUCACCCGGACGGUAACUACCCAGCCAGAGUAAUGGAAAGGAUAGAGAAAACAAACAAGCAAGAAGGCUAUAUGCGGUCGAAACUGCCUCAAUUUUCCUCGGAAGAAGUCGCUUACGUCCAAGGCACAUACGACUUUCUCGGUCUCAACUUGUACACCACGUACUUGGUAGAAGACUUCAACAGGUCCACGGAGAAGCCGUCGUAUGACAAAGAUUUGGGAGUUAAGAUAUCGCAAGACGAAAAAUGGUCAGGGUCCGCAUCUCAUUGGUUGAAAGUUUACCCGGAAGGUGCGAGAAAAAUGCUCAAGUGGAUAAAAGACACUUAUGACGACUUUCCCAUAAUCAUUAGCGAAAAUGGCUUCUCGGAUCGCGGGGAACUGGCGGAUGUGGAUCGGAUAAAGUACUUGCAGGGUUACCUGUCGGCUAUUUUAGAAGCAGUCUACGAAGACAGCGUCGACGUGGAAGCGUAUACAGUGUGGUCUCUAUUCGACAACUUCGAGUGGGUAGCCGGCUUCAGUGAAAAAUUCGGUUUGUAUCACGUCAACUUCACCGAUCCGUCAAGAAAGAGGACGCCAAAACUGUCAGCGGAUUGGUACAAAAGGGUUAUCAAGGAGAGGAGGAUAGUCGAGGUGCCGGUUUGAUAUGAACGUUGUUGCAUCCAAACUUGUAGAAAAUUAUGCCAAUAUAUUGUUUGAUUAUG